CAACACACACCACCACGAUUGGGCGGGAACGAAAACAUUCGUUCGUGAUACCGCUCUGUCAAUUUUAUCGAAAAUCCCUGAUUAAAGGAACUGAAUCAACCCUUGCGUAUGCGAAUCUGCUGAAAUGGACGACGAUCUGCCUUAUAAGGUUGAAUACUCCAAGAGCAGUCGCGCUAGCUGUCGUCUAUGUCGCGAAAAAAUCGAUGCCGGCGUGAUGCGCCUUGCUGUCAUGAUGCAGUCGUCCACCUUUGAUGGGAAGAUGCCCUUCUGGUUCCACAGAGACUGCUUUUUCAAAAAACACAAGCCAAAAGCGUUGGGAGACAUCGCUAAAUUGGACUCCCUCCGGAGUGAAGAUCUUGCAUUUGUCAAAGAAAGACUUGCAGCUUCAAAUGGGAGCACAGACAGCCCUGCAGGUGGAUCCAAAAAGAAAGGCAAAACCGCUGAAAAGCGCAAAAGCAGCGGCAAGAAGGCUCUGCCAGAUUUCAAGUGCGAGUACGCAGCGUCCAGCCGAGCCGUGUGCAUUGGCUGCGAGCAGAAGAUCAUCAAAGACGAAAUCAGAAUCGCCAAAAUGGACUACGAAAGUGAGAAGGCGAUGCGUUUCGGCGGCAUUCCGCGCUGGCACCACGUCGACUGCUUCGUUCAGACCCGCGCGCAGAACGAGUUCUGGGGCUCUGUUGAGGACAUACCUGGAUUCAAGACUCUCAAAACGGAGGACAGGCAUGAACUGAAGAAGAAAAUGCCUCCAAUGAAACCUGUCAAAAAGGAAGCGGAAGGAGAGCCACCAAGCAAAAAGGCAAAGUCCGAGUUCAGUGAGGAGCAAAUGAAGGAGCAGAACAAACGGAUCUUCAAGCUCAGGGACAACCUCGAGACCCUGAAGACAAAAAACCUGCAGGACCUGCUCGAGUACAACAAGCAACAGAUUCCUUCAGGAAGAGAGCGCCUACUCGAUCUGCUUUCAGACGUCAUGACCUUUGGAGCCCUGAAGAAGUGCCCUGAUUGCCAAAAUGGAAACCUCUAUUACAGGAACAACACAUACCAUUGUUCGGCUGAGACUGAGUGGUCCAAGUGCACUUACAAAACAAAGGAGCCUGAAAGAACUGAGUUCAAAGUUCCAGCAGCUUUCAAGGAAGACAUUUCCUUCCUAACGAAUUACAAAUCGAAGGUGGGCAAGCGUCUGAUUCAGGAGUUUGAGAGGUCUGGUUCUGGGUCCGCGAUUGCUUCUGCUUCAAGCAGUGGUCCAGCUGUUGUGCGGCCGAAGCCGCCCUUGGACCGCAUGGAGUUUGUGCUGCACAGCAGCCUGUGCAAGGGCGAGGAGAAGGAGAAUCUGAAAAAGCAGAUUAUCCGCUUGGGGGCCAAGAGCGCGUCCAAGGUGUCCGAGAAAACCAUGGCUGUAAUUGCCUCCGAAGCGCUGCUGAAAAAGGGUGGCAAGCAAAUUGACGACGCUAAAAAUCUUGGUAUCCAAGUAGUGCCAGCCGCAUUCUUUGACACUGUUGUCAAUAACAUAAAAGGAAAUAUUGCUGAUCUUGUGACCAAGAUGUCCAUUUGUGACUGGGGAAAUGACCCAAAUCAGAGGGUGCCACCAGAGGAGACUGAAGAAGAGAAGGCUCUGAAAUCUAAGAAGAAAAGUGGAAGCGACCGGUUUGCCAGUCACGGCUCGAGCAAAAUCAAAGUGCAAAUGAAGAAUGGCGCGUACGUGGACCCCGAGUCGGGACUGGAGUCGAAGGGACGCGUGUAUCGCGACGGCAGCGACCUGUACACGGCCAUCCUGAGCAACAGCGACCUGGCCAGCGGCAAGAACUCUUACUACAAGCUGCAAAUCGUCGAGUCUGACAAGCGCAACAAGUGGUGGCUGUUCAAGUCGUGGGGCCGCAUCGGCACCUCUGUCGGCAAGACGAAGCUGGAGGAGUACAACGACGUCCAGAUCGCCAUCACCGACUUCGAGGACACGUUCCACGAGAAAACCGGCAACGAGUGGGAGCGCAGGGCCAGCUUCCAGAAGCGGCCUGGAAAGUACUUCAUGCAGGACAUCGACUACGGACAGGGGCAGCAGGACAACCUGAUCAAGCUGGAGGACGGAGGAGUUCCCUCCAAGUUGCAGCCGCAGGUGCAGCAGCUGAUGAAGCUACUCUUCAACGUACAGGCCAUGAAGGAGACUCUACUCGAGUUUGAGCUCGACCUGGAAAAAAUGCCGCUCGGCAAACUGACCCAGAAGCAGCUGCGAGCGGCCUACUCGGAGCUGGCCAAACUGCAGGAAUCCGCCCACGGAGACAAGAAAAUGAGCCAAACCGACUUGAUCGCCAUCAGCAACAAGUUCUACACCAUGAUCCCCCACAGCGCUGGACUCGACUCUCUACCUUUGCUCGACAGUGAGGAGCUUAUUAAGAGCAAGUUGGCGAUGCUGGACUCGCUGAUGGAGCUGGAGGUGGCUUACAGCUUGAUGAAGGUCAAGGAGGAAGACCAGGACAAGGAGGCUCAUCCGUUGGACUUGCAAUACUCGAAACUGAAAACAAACAUCUCCGUUCUGGAGCGCGACUCGCCAGAAUUCAACCACCUGGAAACGUACGUGAAGAAUACCCACGCCGAGACACACAACCAGUAUUCGCUGGACAUUGAAGAGAUAUUCAAGGUGGAGCGCCACGACGAGAGGAAGAGGAGCAAGGUGCUCGACAAGUGGAAGAACCGGCACCUCCUGUGGCACGGCUCCAGAAUCACCAAUUUCCCUGGCAUCUUGUCUCAGGGUUUGAGAAUCGCUCCUCCGGAAGCCCCUGUGACUGGCUACAUGUUCGGAAAGGGCAUCUACUUCGCGGACAUGGUGUCCAAGUCUGCCAACUACUGCUGCACCUCCAAGACCAACCCUCACGGCCUGCUCCUGCUGUGCGACGUCGCCCUGGGCAACGUCACCGAGCGCACCAACGCCGACUACAUCGAGAAGCUGCCCAAGACCUUCCACAGCGUCAAGGGUGUGGGAAAAACACAGCCUGACCCAUCGCAGGUGGUCGAGCUACCGCACGGCACCAAGAUUCCUCUGGGCAAGCCGGCCAACGCCCCUGUCAACAACACUUCACUGCUCUACAACGAGUACAUCGUGUACGACCAGUCGCAGGUCAAGAUCGAGUACUUGCUCAAGAUGAAGUUCAAUUACAAGUAUUAAAAUGCAAAGCAUUCCUAAUUAUUGUCAACCGCUUUACAGGCAUACUUUUCAUUUUUGUUCAUCUGCAUAUUAUGUAGUUCGAUGUUACCUUGAUUUGUCUCGAAUUUUUCUUCCCCGAGAAUAAACAUAAUAAAAUACUGAAGGUA